AUGACUAAAGCUUCUAAGCAACAUUUUCCUCCAGGACCCAGACCUUUGCCAAUUAUUGGAAAUCUGCAUAUUCUCAAUCUGAAGAGGCCAUAUCAAACUUUGCUGGAGCUUUCCCAGAAAUAUGGCUCCAUUUACAGCAUCCAAAUGGGUCCAAAGAAGGUGGUGGUACUCUCUGGAUAUGAGACAGUGAACGAUGCCCUGGUCAAUUAUGGUGAUCAAUUUGGGGAACGAUCUCAAAUGCCUAUAUUUGAAAGACUUUUUGAAGGAAAAGGAAUCGUCUUCUCUCAUGCUGAAACCUGGAAAACUAUGAGAAGGUUCAGCUUGACCACCUUACGGAACUUUGGAAUGGGCAAGCGGCUCAUUGAAGAUAAGAUCAUGGAAUGCCAGCAUCUCGUACAGAGUUUUGAGUCUCACGGAGGAAAGCCCUUUGAGGUCAAAACAGUAAUGAAUGCUUCUGUUGCUAAUGUCAUUGUGUCAGCGUUGCUUGGAAAAUGGUUUGAUUACCAAGACACCCAAUUCCUGAGACUCUUAACCUUGAUUGGUGAAAAUGUGAAGCUCACUGGAGGUCCUAGGAUUGCGCUUUUCAAUAUGUUUCCAGUUUUGGGGUUCCUCCUAAAAAGUCAUAAGACAGUACUCAGGAAUAGAGAUGAAUUAUUUGCUUUUAUAAGGAUGAUUUUCCUAGAUCAUCAGCAUAAAUUUGACAAAAAUGAUCCAAGAAGCUUUACUGAUGCUUUUUUGGUCAGACAGCAGGAGGAAAAAGAUACAUCUACUGCCUAUUUCAGUAAUGAAAAUUUGGUGGCACUUGUUAGUAACCUGUUUGUGGCUGGUACAGAAACCAUGGCCUCCACGCUUUGCUGGGCACUUCUGCUCAUGAUGCGAUAUCCUGAGGUCCAGAAAAAGGUCUGUAAUGAGAUCACCAAAGUUGUGAGGUCAGCCCAGCCUCGAAUUGCACAUCGAACUCAAAUGCCGUACACAGAUGCUGUCAUUCAUGAAGUACAGAGAUUUGCUGAUAUCCUGCCCUCAAGCUUACCUCAUGCAACAACCACAGACACGAUGUUUAAAAAUUACUAUAUUCCCAAGGGCACCGAGGUCAUCAUUUUGCUGACCUCUGUAGUUCGGGACCAAACACAGUGGGAAAAGCCAGACACAUUCAAUCCUGAGCAUUUCCUGAGUUUCACUGGAAAGUUUAUCAAGAAAGAAGCUUUCAUGCCCUUUUCAGUGGGCCGCCGGAUGUGUGCUGGUGAGUCACUGGCCAAGAUAGAGCUUUUCCUGUUCUUCACCAGCCUCAUGCGGAAGUUUACCUUCCAGCCACCCCCCGGGGUCUCCCAUCUGGACCUGGACCUAACCCCAGACAUUGGCUUCACCACUCAACCAAUGCCUCACAAGCUACGUGCCCUGCUCUGGGCCUAG